UCUUCUUUAUUUUCUCUUUGAUCAAAUCUUAUUGUCAAUUUGAGUAAUUAUGUACAUAUCUAUUAGUAUGAAUAUGUAACUCAAAUUCCAAACAUGAUUUUUUUUAUAAAUUAAAAAAAUAUAAAUAUAUUGCACAAUGCACGCUCUCCAAAUUUUAAGAAGUGGAUUACGUUUACCUUUUUUUGUUGAUAGAUUGAGUAUCAGCACCACAGCUAAGAGUUUACGAAAACGAUCACCUUGUGACGUCUGCCUUUACCCAACUGACAAGAAACCGUGUUUCGACCUGCGGAAUGUAUCCAUUGAGUUCGGCAACCAAUGUCACGCGAAAUUAAUACGAUCGUUCCUCUACACUCAUUUCUGGCCUCGGGAGCCCAGUGUCGUUGGUCUGUGGAUGUCUUUGGAAUGCCCUUACCUUGAAGUUCUGACUGAAAAGUACUCUAAUUCAGGAGAUCGGUUCUUGGCCUUUGAGCGGAUCCAACGGACAGGCGAGCGGAAAUUGGCAGGAGUUUGCGUAGCUAAUACGGUCAGACCUUGGAAAAUCAAGGAAUUGGAAGAAUGGGCUCACAAUACCGACUCAAAACCAGAGAGGCACCGCAUGUAUUUCUGUGCUCACUGUUUGAAGAGUCCGAACUUAUUUGCUAAGUACAACGUUGAUUACAUCUACGAUGUCGAAGUACUGACGACCGCAGCAGAAGUGACAGGUCAGGGACUGGCCACGCUUCUACUUCGCACGGCGCUGGCUCACGCGAAUGAGCUGCGUCAUCCAUUGGUACAAACUGUGGCGGUCAGUCAGUACACAUCCAAAAUAUGCGAAAGAGUCGGUAUGCGACGGGAAUGGUCUAUGAAUUAUGCCGACUACGUGAACGACGCAGGUCAGCGCGUGUUCUUCCCCCGAAGACCGCACCACACGGUCGCUAUUUAUGUGAAACAUUUUGAUCCUAAAAAGGGUGGUGAGGUUCCGUGCAAGCCUCCAUAUUAAGCCCGACAGCCUCAGAAUCUGUAUUGGUGUGCUUCCAACAGCGGCCAUGCUUUUUAUCAUCUUCCGGUUUUGACAAAUUACAGCUUUGUUUCGAUGAUACGAUUAUCAACUAAAUUAUGUGUGAUUAAACAAGUUUUAUGGUUCAA